AUGACACGGAAGCGCAGAAGGUGGGAUCGUGUGAGUGAGAGGAGGGAGGUGGGCAAACAGUCCUCAUCCAGUCACACUUCCUCCGACAACCAUCCACCAUUCCGCAUGGAUAAGACCAUUCUUCAGGAGGUGCUGGAGGAGGUGAGCACCUCGGGUCGAGUGUUCGAUUUUCGACGGCAGUUUGUGCAAGCUAGAUUGCGAAGGAACGCGAUGAAUGGCAAUGCGGAGGAGGAGGAGGAGGAGAUGACGUAUGUCUUUGUUGACAGGAAGGAGCAGAGUGUGUUCGAGAGGAUGGCAGGUGACUUGAGGGAGAUGAACGAGGAGUUGGACAAGAAGGACGAGAGUGGAAUUGGCGGUGUUGAAGAGGAUGCGGAGCAGUUGCAAAGGGAGGAGGAGGAGGAGGAGGCGAGCACUGUGGUAUCGCAGACGACCGAGGGGAGCGACAGCGAUGGCACGACUUCGAGGCAACUCUCGACUGAGAGGCAGUGCUAA